AUGACACUGCCCCGAAGACAACAUCUCAGUGCUGAUACACUUAGUAAAACCACAGGCAAAAAAUUCAAGUGUCCCAGUUGCCCAUAUACUUUUAAUAAUCAUACAGAAGUUGUUAAUCAUGUAAAAGAAAUACAUAAAACAAUGUUAUUGGGCUUAAUAUAUCGACAAGAUUCCAAACGAGCCGAAAAUUUAUUGUUUAAAGUAGAUUCGCAUAAAGAAGAUUCAUGCAGAGAACUUGAUAAACUUAUUGACAAGUUAUCGCGUGCUGAAGAAAAGUACCUGCCCUUAACUAAAUAUGGAUAUCCUGUUAAAAAAGUAUUUGAUCAAAGUCAUCAGAUCUUAGCAGAAAAAGAAAAAGUAAAAGCUAUAAUUGAGAAUUUACGCAUAGAAGUUGCAAAUCUUAAAUGCGAGCUUAUUAAAAAUAAUAAUCAAAUCAUGCUAUUAAAUGAAAGGCAUAAAAAAUUACUCAGUACAUAUAAAAGUUUACUGAUGGAUCAUACUAUUCUUAAUAAAGAUUACGUAGCAUUAUUAGAAAAUAAUAGUAAUUAUUAUAUAGAACGUUGUCAUUUAUUAGAGCAAGAAAAUAGUGUAUUGGUUAAAUGG